AUGCCGCCCUUGCCGCGGCGCACGUUACUGCUGGCUCUGCUCGUCGGUCUCAUCGUAUUGGGGCUCUACACCUACAGCCCGGACACCGUCUUCCACGCCGACAGACCGGCCGUCGACAUCCACCAACCCGUCCCAGUCCCCGAUCACGACGCAACACACGACCCCAAGCCGCCCGCACACGACGCGAGGCCGCCUAUCGUCGCCGCGCCACCACCCAUAGACUCAAAGGUCGAAAGCGUUGAAGAAUCGACAUUCGGCACGGACCCGGUCCCCGUCGCGCCCCGCCUGACGCUCAUCGCGCUCUGGUCGCCGCAAGACGACCGCCCGUCGAUCCACAUCCCCAACUUCAUCGCCUCCGCCGCCGCGAACCCGUCUUUAUCGCUCCUCCUCGUCAAGUUCGACAAGUACAAGCUCGGCAACGGGCAGUGUGAGCAGCCGCUCGUUAAGGGCGACGGGUACGCGAACGUGCGGGAGGUGUGCAUGGGGCUGGACGAGUAUUUUGAAAGGCAUGUUGGGUGGCUGUGUGGAGAGUGGGGGUGUAGCGAGGCGCAGAGGAGGGAGACGCGGGAUGUGCUCGAGGAGAGGCUCUUCUGGGAUCGGGUGAACUCACACUACCGCCCCUUCCGCGCCGAGAUCUUCGGCGACCUCCUGCACGCCGACACCCCGCUCUGGGCCUGGGUCGACCUCGACGUCUUCCUCGGCUCGUUCGAGCGCAUGUUCCCGUGGGACCUCUCACCAUAUUACGAUGUGAUUCUCGCGGGGUGGCCCACGGGCGAUAACAGCCGCGUGCAGGUCUUUAUGCCGGGGCACUUUACUGCGUUUAGGAGGAGCAAGGAGGUGGCGCGGGAGUUUAUGAAGCUCGAGAGGCUGAGCAGCUUCGAGAAGUGGAAGGCGCGCAAGUGGGAAUGGGACUCGCCCGAGGAAUCCGAGUACUCGUACCACCUCUUCACCUCCACCCCGCUCACCUUCCUCCGCCUCGGCACCGCCCUCGCCGACAGCGCGCACCACAUCUCCGCCCUCGCGCCCGGCGGGAUCUACGCGCUCGAGAACGCGUGGUGGGCCGACCGCGACCCGUCGAGCGCCGAGGCGGACCCGGCGCUGCGCGGGUCGACCGAGCGCGCGUUCGUGUCUUUGCGAGCGCAGAUCAACGACGCGGUGGAAGGGAAUGUCGAUAAGCAUGCAGAGGGCGCGGGAUCGGGCGCGGCGGGGAUGCAGACGUUCAGCGCGGACGGCGUCGAGCGCGAGGUGGAGAUACGCGCCGGCGCCGACGCAGCAGCCGGGCUGGACCUCUGGUUCCCGCCUCAAUUCUUCGUCGCGUACGAAAGCACACUGGGACCCAGUUUCGCCAACAACGGCGCCGACACGCGGAGAUACCUCAUGCGGCGCGCGCCCAACGGACCCGUGACGGAGCGCAUCGAGCCCGAACGACCGCUGCUGGUCUCCGUCCCGCCGGGUAAGGUCGAUGUGAAUGCGCGGUAUAGUACCGGGAACAGACCGUGGCUGAGGGAGGGGCUGUAUAAUCAUUUUCAACAUGAGAAGUACCGCGACUGGUGGGCGCUACCUCCAAAUGCGUUAAAGGCUGGCGAGAGGAUGUACGUCGAUCGAGCGCACGGUGCGCACGUCUGGGACGCGCGGGGGAGGAUCGUCUGGGAGUCGCCGCGCGUCCGAGUCGAGCGCCGAUGA